AUGGCGGAUAUUUCUAAGCUCAGUCUGGACCUCCCAUUCCCCGCAGCCACCAAGCGAGUAUCCGGGGAUAUCAAGGGAAUUCAGACAGAUGUCACGACUGUCAAAUUCAGUGACAAAAUCAUGAUCACAAUAUCGCAAAAAGGGCGACUUGGGCAUUGGCUUCAUGUUCCAUUGGAAAACAAAAACCCAGGCACAGAGGGUUCUCAUAGGAUUCCAGACUUCGCAGAUGAUGGUCUUCUUCCGUUAAGUGAUCUGACAGCGACUUCUAUUCUCGGGGGCCGUGUUCCUGGUCAUGAAAUUGUUGGUCAGCUAUAUGCUCGUCAGAUAGCGAGUGCCAUUGUCACAAAAACACCGCAAGAAAACCGUCUGCUUGUCGUUGGGCUAGGGCUCGAAACAGCCGAAGUCGACCGAGACAUAUUCUUUGCCGUUAUAGACCUGGUUCUCCAAUGCAUCUAG